AUGGUUGUGCUGAGGAGGUACCUGUUGUCGAGUCUCCGUGACGAGGCAGUCGGGGAGUCAGACAAAUGGAGACAGAAAAGGAACUAUAGCUUUGAUCAGAAUAGACAAUUGGAAGAGGUUACUAAAGAAAGGGACGGACUAAAACGUGUGGCAGACGCGUUGCAACGCGCAGUAUCGCAAUUGGUUGCGUACUGCGCCAGCGCCGAGGAUGAACUUAACCGCACUGUGCUGGCACAUCUGCUUCCUAAGUUGCUACCACAUGACUCCACCUUAGAAGAUUCGCGUCCCGCAACACCUGACUUGAGUGUGAGCUUGGUCUCCCGUGGAAAACACGUACAUUUUGCACCUGACCUUGAUUCCAUACUCGGUUCUCUGGAUGAGGAAGGCGUCCUGGGUUUCCUGCAGCAGCAAAGGGACCUCAGUGCCGAGCUGAAGUUGGAAUUAGAGCAUUCUCUGAAGAGGUUACGCCAAGAGGCCCAGGAAUUGUUGGACUUGUCUAAUAAAUUGGCUAUUAAUAAGCAAAACGAUGAACAAAAGAUGUUGGAGGCAAGUGAAGUUCAGAUCUCUGAGCUGGUUGAAGAGCUGGAGCGGAAACAUCAGCGAUGUGACAACUGUGAGAUGCAGAGGAAGAAUAUGGAGGAAGCAAUGUCUGAAUGUCUGCAACGAGAGAAUCUACUCCGAUCAGAUUUAGAUUCGGCCAUGAUGAAGAUCUCUCACCUGAUGACGCUCGGUGACAGACCGCUGAGUGACGACAUCGUUGAGGGCUACGGCACGGGCGGCGUACGCGCGUCCUCCCGCGGCACGGGCUGGUGCUCGUUGGACGACGCGCUCUCGCCCAGGCACAACCACCACGAGUUCGAGGCUCUGCUCAAGGAGAGGGACGAUUUGCAACAACAGCUGGAAGCAGCAAACCGUCAGCUGAAGUCGACCCGUCAGUUCGUGGAGGAGCAAGCGAGCGAGCGCGAGGCCGAACGCGACGAGUUCGCCAAACGGCUGGCCGAGUUGAGGGAGGACAACAGCAGACUCAGCACUCGACUGCAGAGCAACGCCAGGAUCAUGAGCGAGAUCUGCUGCUUACGACUACCUCAGUGCAACUGUCGUCAACACGAUGCACAUGUGGAGCAAUUAGAAAAUCAGACACGUGAAAUGAACCAAAUAAUAGCUGAUUUGGAGACGAAAAAGGCUGAAAAUGACAAAGAGCUUAAAGCUGCCGCAGAAGGGGCGGUUCUAUUACGCGACAUCAUUGCCAAGCUUGAAGCUCAGCUGGAACAGAAAACAAUCAGAGAAACAGAAAUUCUGGAACAAUUGGAAGAAAUGAAACGCACGAUAGACGAAAGAGAUAGCAAGAUGAGGAUAGUGCUCGGUGAACUGGAAUCGUUGAGGAGUGAAAGAGUCGAUAUUAGUGAUGUUACGUGCGUGAGGUGUGCGCAAGAAGAGGAUAGAUAUACCGAGUAUCUGGAGAAGAUUCAAGAACAGGCCUGUUGGCUAGAAGAACACAUACACCGUCGCACGCGCAGUCUGGAACGCACCCAUGAAAUCUGCUCUCAACCCACUUCAGAACCAAGCGAAGAUGUUUCUAUACGAGACCAAAAGGUGCGGUCUCCAGACAGCGCCAGUCCGCGUAUAGAGCGUCUAGCGGAGCUGAGCCGAGUAUGGGAAGGUAUCGAAGCACUCACGCGAGCUGAAGACGCAGUGCUCAAGAGGGUCAAGGACCUGGAGAUGCAACGGGCGACUCUCAAUGACAUCGCUCAGGAGGUCCGUGCGGAACGUGAUGUACUGCAGGCCCGUAUGUCAGAGCAGGCGCUGAAGAUAUCAUCCCUGUCUGCUCGUUUGCAGCAGCAUAGGAAUGAUGCGGAGGCUCUCGCUCAUACUGCUUCCAGCCAGCUCAGCGUCCAGCUCCAUGAUGCACAGGCAGAGGUUCAAAGACUUAAGGAAGAGCUGGAAUCGCGGGACAAGCAAUUAUCUAGACUGAAGCAAAACCUUGACGAAAAAGACAAACUUAGUGAUUCACAUGCAGCCAUAUACGGGAAUUCUUGUAAUCCCAAAGACAAAGUUAUAAUUCUUGAACGCGAAUUGUCCACUGCGCAGGCGCGUAUCGCUCAGUUAGAGGACAUCGCUUCUCACUUGCAGGUGGAGAAUGAAAAGCUGCAAAACGAAAAAAAGGAGCAUCAGGCUCUGCUUCUGGAUAAGGAGGAACAGCUGAAUCAGAUUAUGGCUCUCAAAUUGGAAGAAGAACCGAAUCAAAAAAGCGAUAAUGUCGAAGGAAAAACAUCGGGACGGACGCUCAGCGAUAUUGUAUCGAUUUCGGAUUACGACGAGCAAGACCUACAGAUGCGUCGAGCCGAGCUGAAGAACCAAAACGCUAGCUUUACGGGCGCUCCACGAGACAAAUUGCAGAACAAGACGUUGCCCCCGGACGUGCAGAGGCCCGAUGUGAGUUCAUUGGAUGCGGAAAAUGUAGACAAUUUCGAGUUACAUACGCCUCGAGCCGAUUCGCUUCCGGUCAAUUUCACUUUUACCCCGAACAAAGAUAAAUUUAAAAGGAACGCAAAUGAAACGACCGUGUUUGGAACUAUCGAUAGAUUCGGCGAUAACAUUAAACAUUCCACCGCUCAGAAAAUAACCGACAAUUGUUCGCUAUAUCCCAACCAAAACGCUAGUAUCAGUAAUAAUCUUAGCGUUGAACCCAAAAAGAUAAACUUCUCGUUGGAGGUGUCGGACCAUAAGAGUCACGAAUUUACGUCUUUGGAAGAACUCGGCAUCACUGUAGAUAUGAAACAAGAGAACUUUCCCGAUAUUUUGUCUCAAUUGAAGCACGAAGUUAAAAAAUCCCAAACGGAACUUGCAAAUUGUAAAUCGGAGCUCAAAAAUGCAGAAGAACAAUUGGGCGAGUUCCCAGCUUUAAAAGAAGAGGUAGAGGAAUUAAAGGGUUUGUUAGAAAACACGAUGGCGACGAUGGAGAAGGACAAACAAUUUUAUGAAAGUCAAUUGGAAAACUUUGCAUCUAAUAAAAAUCACCUCGAACAAAAACUUUCCGAAUUGAAUCGAGAGGUUAGCGAGAAGACUAAAGAUCUGAACCUACUCAAAGAAGACAUACUGAGGAGAGAAAACAUGAUACUCGAACUUGCAAAAGAAAAACGCAAUUUGACUAUGAAAAUAUCGGACUUGGAAGUCCGUAUAAACGAAUUGCAAAACAAAAAUUCAGUUUUAGAAAAAAGUGAAUCAGAAAACCAACAAUUGAGAGAGAAAUUAAUCGAACUUCAUAGGCUCGAGCAACUCGUGUCCGAAAAGAACCAACAAAUUGACAGUUUAAAUCAACACCUCGACAGACUUGACGACUUACAACGACGCUUAAAUGAUAAAACUGAGGAAGCGGCAACUCUAAAGGUCGCAUUAGAAAAGAAAUCAACAGAAGUAUUCCAAGUGCAAGAUUCUAUCCUCGGUCUGAACCGAGAUAUCACCAAAGUCGUCGAAGAAAACGAUCAACUCAACACUGAGAACAAGGAGCUCAAACUGAAUCUGUCCAAACUAGAAAAGGAACAAGAGAACGCAUCGCUCAAACUUCAGAACAGCGAAAGCGAACUCGAACGCGUCAACGGCUUAAACAAUGAUCUAACGGCGAAGAUCGAGGAACUUAAACUUUUGACUGAACAGCUGAAAGAUAAAAAUACCGAAAUAGAGAUAUUGAAUGAAGAUAUAAGCUCGUAUCACAACGAGAUCGCGGCCCUCAAGGAGCAGCUAAAGAUGGCUUCCCGAAGCCCAUCCCCGAGGAGCAAGGACGGAGAGGAGAAACGGACCGGCGACAGACAAGCCAACAAUGACAAGAAGCAACUCGCAAAGAUCAAGAAACAAAUAUCCCUAAUGCAACAUGAGCUAGAUUUUCAUAAGAAGGAGCUGAACGACAAGGCCUUCGAGCUGGCAAAAGCGAAGUUAGACGUGACAGAACUGAAGAGCAACCUCAGCCAAGCCAACAAGAGGGCUGCAGAACUGGAGGUGAAUCGAGAGCAGACGAUGUCUAAGAAUGAGGAGAUGGAAAAAGAAGUCAGGCAGCUGCAAGAAGAGAAGCAGCAUGUUGCGCAACAACUGGAGAUGGUCUUGGCUAGGUUACGAGAAGAGGGCAACAUCGGCGAAUUGAAACAGAAGCUGAAAGAAAAAGCGGAGCGAUGUCGAGAGCUUGAGUCAGAGCUGGAGAACAUGAGAGAUCUCGUUGAGAGGCUUCGCGGCGGGCCCAUGUCUCUGAGCGUGGAGCAACGCGACGGGGCUCGAUCUCCUACUGCGGAGCUGGAGAGGGCUUUGAGGCAGCAGGUUCACCACUCGCGGACCUUGGACGAGGACAUCAUGGAACAGAUAUUAUCUGCCAGCAGCGACGACAGAGAAGAUAUUCCGCGUCUGGCUCUCGACUCCUCCAAGUCCUCCAGCGUGCAGUCGUCGUCCAGCGAGCGUUUCGGCCGCCUCAAGGCCUCGUGCGAGAGGCUGCAGAUGCAGGUGGACAACCUUCAGGCGCGGCUGGAAGACAAGGACGCCCUCAUUGGGGAACUGCAAAGGAUAAGAGAGAAGCUGAGUUCGGAGUGCGAAGGUCUUCGGCUGCGAGAGGAAGCUCUCGGAGACAACUCUGCGAGACUUCAGCUGCUUCUCGAUGCCCAAAAGGACACGGCCACGGCGUUGCAGAAACAAGACUCGAGUAUGAUUUCGAUGCUUAAGCGUCGCCUGGAGAGCGCCAUGAAGUCGGAGUUGGAGCUGAGAGAUAAAGAGCAGCAGCUGAUGAACAGGAUCCAGCAUCUCGAAGCCAGGACCAAGGAUGACAGCAAUGACGAUAGACUCGCCGUCGAGGUCGAAAACGUGGGUCGUCUAAAGGGUGAAGUGCGAGUGCUAAAGUCUAAAUUAGAGAUGGAGCGCACUCGGUACAACGAGCUGCAGUCCUUGAUCGAGCAGAUACGUGCGCAGGCGCAGAGGGAAGGAGAUGCGCGGACGCAGAUGUGUGUCCAACUUAAGACUGAACUCGCCGAACUAAGGAGGUUAAAGCACGAAACGGGCGUGGAGCUGGUGAGGGCUAAAGAGCUGUUAAGCAUCCAGAACUCCGCCAUCUCGCAGCUCAAGCAGGAGCUGUCGGCCGUUCACAAGCUGCAGAAGCCUGCGGAUCUGGACGACACCCGCUACCUGAUGGAAAGCCCUCGGCCUCAAAUCGUCAGGACUCCAAUCCCUAACGACGAAAAGGAACACGCCGUAAGUGUUUGA